AUGAAAAUAUUUUUUCAAACUAUAGACUAUGGACUCUGGAAGAUUAUCCUGGAAGGUCCACAAUUUCCAACCAUUACAGGAGCUGAUGGUGUGGUUACUCUCAAAGGUGAAGUCGAUUGGAAUGAGGAAGACAGGAAGAAAGUAGAGCUCAACGCCAAAGCUAUCAACUUGUUCAACUGUGCGAUCAGCUUCGAGGAAUACCGAUGGGUAUCAAGAUGCACAACAGCAAAGAAAAUCUGGGACAAACUUCAAAUCACUCAUGAAGGCACAACCCUAGUGAUGAAGACUAGAAUAGACAUGCUGAACAGAGAAUAUGAAAUGUUCUCAAUAAAGAACAGAGAAACGAUAGAUGAACUGUUUGAAAGAUUCAACAUCAUCAUCACUAGCUUGGAUGCUAUGGGGAUCACAUAUCCUGAAUUUGUGCUUGUGAGGAGAAUAUUGAGAUGUCUCACAAAAGAGUGGGAAACCAAAGCAAUAGUGAUAGCUGAAAGUAGUAACAUUGACACUAUGACAUAUGAUGAAUUGAGAGGAAUUUUGCUUGCUUUUGAAAACACUUAUUUGAAAAAAGAUACAAAAAAAAGGAAUUGCCCUCAAAUCUAUUACUGA